GUGCAGCCUGAGUAUCAUCCUCUUCCCCUCCUUUAUGUUUUUCUUUUCUUAUCCCUCUGUCGCCUUCCAAUUAUCUCUCUUUCCUAAUCUUUCCCUGUUCCUACAUCCUCCCAUCUUCCUUUCUUGCUUCACGCGCUCCCACACCCUCGCGUUCCCAACCCCCACCUUCUCUCCUACUCCUCAUCUUCAUGCCUGUUGUUCACGCUCUCUCUUUCUCUCUCAGUCCGACGCUUGAAGCUACCGGAGACGGAUCCCAGUUCUCCUUUUCUGCCGCUCAUUGGGAAUCAGGCGCUCCUCCUCGCAUGAUAAGGACUAAAAACACCCAUAAGGAUGCGGGUGAAUGGACAGAUGAAGAAGAGAAGUGAGUGAAUAAAUGCGGGGCAAGUAAAAGAAAACCUCCCUGAAGGAGAGAUUUCUAAAAAUACAAGCCAGCUUAGUCUCUGCAUUCUGUUAUUUCCUCCCUCUCUCUCUCUCUCUCUCUUUCUCUCUCCUUUUUUGCCACAUCCCCUUCUUCAUUCAGUACCUGUUCUGUGGGAUUAACAUGACUUAAAAUUCAAUCAGCCUACAGCCUGACAGAAGAGCGAAAGAGGAGGCAGACAGAGCGCUGCAGCUGUCGAGACCGAGUGAGGGGUCGACCGACAGGGAGGGAGAGAGAGAGGGGGAGAGCGGGAUAGACGCCGAGAGAGAGAGAUGGGUGUUUUUCCACGGAGCUGAGAUAGAGCCGCUGAGACAGAGAGAUGUGACGGCUCCGGGAGUCGCGGUGGAAUGAUCCGGAAAACAAGGUUUCAGGCAGCCACUCCAUCUCUCCAGCCUCCGCUUCCUCAUCUCCCCUCAAGUUUACCAGUGAGCGGCUAAAUACUCUGUAGGCUGCUGGCCAGGUCCUGUGAACCAUCGCUCACUCCCCAAAGUGAUCUCCAGGUUGAGAGGGGAGGACAAAGAACGCGAAAAACACUAUGAAGCCGAGGAGACAGACGAAUAAAUGAGAAGCAGCAAAGAGACAGGGCCGCGUGAGCAAGGGAGGGGGGAAUAAAGCAGAGAGGAAGUCAAGGGGAGGAGGAGGACCGGUGAUGAUCGCCGCCGACUCCGGGAUCCCUAUUCUGCCUCAACUGAAUUGCUCUGGAUAUAGAGAGAAGUUGAAUACAGCCAUGUGGAAAUCAUAUCAAAACGCCAUUAAUAGGAUUUCAAGGAAAGUGGAUUCUUGGAUUUUAUGUUUUUCUUUUUUUAACGGAGGUCUCCAUUUCGCGAUGCCAGGAUUGAGCGAGUAAUUCUGGAUUUUCCAGGUUUUCUUCGUCCAUAGACGCCUAAGAGGAUAUUGUGGGAUUGGAAUUUCUGCAACGCCGUGGGUUUUUUUUGCACGACACUGACCUACAUCCACCUCCUUUUGAUUUGUGAGGGGCCGCGUGUGCGUGGAGGGGAGCGGGACAGGUUUCAGCACAAGCACACGAGCCCCCUCCCCCCGCCGGCCCUGCACACGGAGAAACACCUGGGGCGACAUCGCUGUUACACACACACACACACACACGAACCCGGAUAUCAUGUGGAGCUGAUUUGGAUUAUAGAGGCGCACAGACAGAAAAGGUCUGUGGAUAGCCAGGCGGUCUACCAUGCCUGUCCCCCCACCCCUCAACCCCUGCAGACAGAAACACCUGCCCCACGCGCACCUCCAUCACAAACAGCGGGCAGAGCACUUCGCCUUCCCCUCCGCCCCACCCCACUCCAUCCUCUCUCUGUCGCUCGUGCCCCCUCUCCUGGCCUCGUCCUUGCACCCGUCACCCCAGCUGAUCCACUGGCCGUGCCCCAGGGCCACCAGGAGAACGCUUCCCGACGCGGUCCCGUUCCCCGCGCUUCACUGGCUGACUCUGGUCACAUGCUGCCUGCUGCCAUCUUUAGUCGGCGCGGGGGAGACGUGGGGCGUGGUCUCCGCCUGCCCCUUCCACUGCGUGUGUCGGAACCUUUCCGAGUCGCUCAGCACCCUCUGCGCAGAUAAGGGCCUGCUCUUCGUGCCCCCGCAUGUGGACCGGCGCACCGUGGAGCUGCGGCUGGCCGACAACUUCAUCACAGAAGUGGGCGGGAGCGACUUUGUCAACAUGACGGGCCUGGUUGACUUGACUUUGUCGAGGAACACCAUCCACCUGAUCCGACCGCUGGCCUUUGCAGACCUGGAGAGCCUGCGCUCGCUGCACUUGGACGGCAAUCGCUUGACAACGCUGGGACCAAGAGACCUCGCAGGCCUGGUCAAUCUACAACAUCUGAUUGUCAACACCAACCAGCUGAUCAAAGUCUCUGCCCAGGCCUUUGAUGACUUUCUGCUUACGCUGGAAGACCUUGAUCUGUCUUACAAUAACCUCAAGAGGGUGCCAUGGGAGUCCAUUCAGAACAUGGCCAGCCUGCACACUUUAAACCUGGACCAUAACCUCAUCGACCACAUUGCAGAAGGAGUCUUUGGGGAGCUUUAUAAGCUUGCAAGACUGGACAUGACCUCCAACAGGCUGCGGACCCUGCCUCCCGAUCCACUCUUUGCCAGGUCUCAAACAGGUGCGAUAAGUCCCACUCCCUACAACGCCGUCAUCAGUCUCAACUUUGGGGGGAACCCACUGCACUGCAACUGCGAACUACUGUGGUUACGGCGGCUGAUCCGUGGAGACGACAUGGAGACGUGUGCCACGCCGUCUCACCUGGCCGGAAGAUAUUUCUGGUCAAUCCCAGAGGAGGAGUUUACCUGUGAGCCACCCCUCAUCACCCGUCACACUCACAAGCUGUGGGUGCUGGAGGGCCAGCGAGCCACGCUCAAGUGCCGCGCCAUCGGUGACCCGGAGCCGGUAGUCCACUGGGUUUCGCCAGAUGACCGCAUCAUUGCCAACACAUCCAGAACCAGCUCCUUCAGCAAUGGGACCUUGGAUAUCUUAGUAACAGUGGCCAGAGAUGAUGGGGAGUACACGUGUAUUGCAAUAAACGCAGCGGGAGAAGCUACCGCCACAGUCGACCUGAAAAUAAUCCCGCUGCCUCAUCGGGGUGGAUCGGGUGGAAGCACAGGGCAUAACAACGUCAACACCAAGAACAACAGGAACGUGACCAAUGGGAUUUUACGGACUGAUCCGGGCUCCUCAGAUAUCAGCACAGGGAAAACCGGAGGGAUUAACAACAGCAUAGGACCUGGAGGCGACGCGGAGGACGGCAAGAAAGUUGGAGGGGAGGAUGAUAUAGGGGACAGUGAGAGGGCUUCCGAAGGAGAGGGGGCUGAGGGAGUGAGCGUGGAGGACGACGAGGUGGACGACAGCGAAGCGAGGAUGGUUGGAGUACAAGGAGUUACGGCAACUUCGGCUCAGGUCAGAUGGGAUUUGGGACCUUUGUCUGCAUCGUACGUUGUCUGGAUGUAUCAGAUACAGUACAACUGCACUGCUGACGAGACGCUCAUCUACAGGAUUCUACCUUCGACCAGCGACCGUUUCCUGUUGAAGAACCUGGUUUCUGGCGUGGACUAUAACCUGUGUGUGUUGGCCAUCUUUGACGACACCAUCACAUCACUCGCAGCAACAAAAGUCCUCGGCUGCACCACGUUCUCCACCAAGGAUGUUUACCCAGCAUGCCGUUCUCUGCAAGCCCACUUCCUGGGCGGCACCUUGACCAUAUUGGUCGGUGGCGUUGUUGUGGUCACCCUGCUCGUCUUUACUGUAGCGCUCAUGGUUCGCCACCGCGUUUGCAAUCACGGGGACCACAUGAUAUGUCACAAUGGCAACACAGAGGCAGGAGGUGGGGUGUGCUGCCAGGGUGGCGGUGUAGGGGGCAGCGAUAAAGGGGGAAACAGCGGCUACCAGUCCAAUGGCUCUGGGGACAUGAUGAUGGUGGUUCUGCCCAACGGGUUGCCUUCGAAAAGAGGGGACAGAGACAAUGAGAAAGACAAGGACAAGGAGAAGGAGGCAGCGGAUGCCGUUUCAUCGGUGCCUCCAAAACUCCCUCCAAAGCCCAGGCCUAAGCCUAAGGUCAGCCUGGAGCAGUUUCUCUCAGCUGGGGGAGUUGUUUCUACGACAACUGGAGGAGGGGGCGAGAUGGCUUUGGUGGUGAGGCAAAGAAAGCUGGAGAAGGCGCCGCCGUACACCGCUGAAAGUGACAGAACUCCCCUUUACUACUCCCCGUCCCCUCCGUCCACCCUGCCCCGGCAGGCGCGCUCCAGGGACCGCCCAAGCCCUCGUCUGGAGAGAGAACUGACCAAUCGCGCCAGCUUCUCUCUGGCUGCACCCCUGAGAGACUCAGAGCUGCUGGACUGGAGAAUCACUCCUCGCAGCAGGGACAAAUGGAACUCCUCACAGGCCUAUCAAAGCCCUGUAUCCCCUCUAAGUCCUGCCUGCGGGACGGUUAGCAAACGGCGGCACUCGCUAGACAUGGGUUCCUCCGUUGCACUGGCUACUGAUGCCGCGGCCACCGUUGCCAAGCGCUACGGCGCUGUCAGUUACGCCAAGCGGCUGAGUGUGAUCUGGACAAGGCGCAGCCAGUCGCUUCACGGCAUGCUGGUGCAGUGCGCCUCGACGACAAGCACAUCUUCAACAGCCAGCGACGAGGGCGAGAGCGGCGGGGGCUACGGGGCGCGCUGCGAGUUCCAGCGUGGAUACAUCCAUGCGUAUAACACCACCAACUCCAACUCUAACGCCGGCAUCACCACUGGGAAGACAAGCAGUAUAAAAGACAAAGGGAGGGAGAAAAAGAAGGAUGGAAAGGCCGGGGAGGAACUGGAGGAAAGUGUUGUGUAGAGUUUGUGAAGCGGAGAAAAAAAAAGGGAGGGGUUGCGUGAAGGAACAGUUUAAAUAGAAUCCUGAUUUGGGAAAAGUGAAGAGGUGGAGAUGUAGGAGAAAUUGAUGGAGUAGAAAGUAAAAAAAUGAUUGGAGAUGAGAAAGAAGUUGUGACUUCAAAGAAAAGACUUUUCACUUCUCACUACUUGAUUUGCCAAAAGAAUAAGUCAAGAGAAGCACAAAGCGAAAGUAAAUGUAUAAAGACAGCUCUGUGGCUAACCAGAGGAGUGACAGUGACAAAAUGGUACAAAAACGCGUCAAGAAAUGCAGUAGCAAGAUAAACCUGAGAAUGGUCUUUAAAUACCCAGAACUGAGCUCAAAGCAGACAAGGAAGCAUGGACAUACAAAAACAAACCUCCAGGUAGAGCGAGGGGCAGGUGCAAGGGCCCGAGACACAACAUGAGUGGUACAUAAAGUAAAAGAGAGAUGGAUCAAAAAGGGGAAAACAUCAAUAGAGCAAAAGGAACAAAGGUUAUCUAGCAGAGAGAAAUGGCUCGGCUCAGCAUGGAUCUCAUUACAGCUAAACACUAAUAGUACCAACUCUCCAGGUCCCCAGCCCCGGCCACUCGGGGGAGGUUUCCACUGAAUAAAAAAAAAUAAACAACCCGACCGGUCGUACUGGAGAAAACGUCAGACAAAAACACAGUUGUAAAAAGAUUUGGAGAACGUCGCCCAUCGCCGUUUCUUUUGAUUUUGGCUUUCCUUUGGCUCCAACACCGACGACCAUUGAAACUCUUUUCCAAAACAUAAUGAAUGUGACUUUUAUGUGUCCUCUGUGGCUGGACAACGAUUUCUGGCUUGCUGUGCCUGCAGAUUAUGGGAGCAUAAAUACAGAGCUGGGCACAGUGGACACAAUCAAUCGAUACGGGAUGGAAAGAACAAGUGGAGCGGAGACAAUAUUUAAAGAAAUACAUUGGGAUUACAAUGGAGUCGAUAUGGAUUACAAAAAUAAAGGAGGCAGGAGUGUUGGAUGAAACAAAUGUGCACUUCAGAAAGACAAGAUCACACUGGGUGCCAGAUAAUGGACGGAGUGAAUGAAUAAUGUUGAUGGAUGCAUACGUGUGCAUGCAUUAAUGGAUCAGGGAUGGGUGGUGUGUGUACAGAUGUGGCUAAAAGAGUUGGGCUCGUUCCACCUAAACAACCUUCAUCCGACGUUCACUAUGCUCUAUUUCACAUCUAUUAAAGCAUACACGCCACAUUUACUGUAGAUGUUAGUAAUAAUACGACCAUUUACAUCCUGCACAUAACUGGGUCUUAACUAUUUUAACACUGCCCAUUUCAAUAAAAAGUAGUAACAUAAAUGUCAGAUGAAGGCACUUUCCAAUGUAAGGAUUAAGAUCUAUACAGAGUUAUAUAAAAGCACAACAAGUGAACUAAAGGAGACAGUGAAGACUCCAGAAAGUCUACACUGACAUGGGAUGAUUUAGAGAAUGCAAACUACACAACUCCACUAAUGAAAAACAACAGUAUGCUUAAAAUAUCACUGUAAUUCACUCAUCACUACUUUAAAGACACUUAGAAGAUUUUGUAGAGUAAUCUUUUUCUUAUUUUAUUCCAUGACAGACCAAAAGCACAGGUUAGCAGAACCCACUUUCAGUGGGCCUCGUUUCACAGAGGUAUAAGGGUGACAACACUUUCAGCCACAUCUGUACGGUGUGCCUCCACGCGCAUUGGUGUGCACACGUCUAUGAAUGUUUGUGAGGGGGAACCCAGAUUCCAUUCAUGUUUGAAAAGAUGUGGAGCUUUCUGGACAUGCUGUAAAAGAGAGAAACCUAAAAAAAGAGACUAAAGUAGAAAUUAUUUUAAUAUCUGUUCAAAGUGUAAAGUGAUAUUUAAAGAGCUUUUCAUCGAGAACAGAAUACAUCAACUAUCUCCAGCCAUGUAGCAUGGGCAGAAAGCAGCAACGUUUGAAAUGGAAUCAAAAAUUCUAAUUCAUUAUUUUUGACUUGACUCCUUUGUGCCACGUGACUUCACUUUAGGAUCAGACGGUGAAUGUUUUCAGAAAGUGAGUGGUAAAAAAAACAAAAACGAAAAAAAAAAAAAACAAUGGCAGGACCAAUAUGGAAGCCACCAACGUUACAA